CGGACGAUUGCCAUCGAUUUUGUCGGCUGCCGCGACCGUCGUUGAACGAGCGGCCAGCGACCGCUGCCGCCGUUAUUGCUGAUGAUGCGUCGUCGACGGUACGGCUGCGGCACACGGGUCACCCAUGGUAGCAACGGAGGGGUGGCGGCGGUCGGUAACUGCGCAUCACCCCAACGCGCACGCAACGAUCCGUCGCUGCGGCACGAUGCAGUGCACGCGCAGCCGGACCGCAGCGGACGCGGACUACCGCUGUCACUUACACCGCAGUAGUAAAAACCAGCACGGUUGGACUGCGCGUCGUUUGGCCGCUGUGACACCUCUGUAGGACAUUAUGGAAGAACAGUUGAUCAGCGAAAUCGAACGGCGGCCCGUACUAUACGAUAGGAGCGUACAGGCGUGCAAAAAGAUGUCGGCUAGAGAUGACGCGUGGCGUGAAGUCGCUGAAAUAAUGAAACAAACUGAGCCCGAGGUGAAGAAACGAUGGAGGACUCUUCGAGAUUCUUUUAUGCGGUUCCAUCGGCUUCAACGAACGUCCGGACCGAAAGGAAAAAAGAAAAUGUGGAUAUAUUAUCACGAGAUGGCGUUCCUUAUACCGCACAUUGAGCCCAGAGAAUACAAAAUGGCUGGUUACGAAGGUAAUGAAUACGAGGAAACAAUGGACAACAGCCGUCAGGAACCCCAUCCGGCAGAUAUGGUGUCCAUAACGUCCGACAUGUGCGAAACUGAGCUGACGACGCCACCUAUCGGCGGCAACACGGCGUGCCCGUGUUACAACGGCGGCGGCGGCGGAAUCGAGGGGCCUCAUUCAGGACAACAGGAACAGGUUGAGCACGGGGGAGAUAAAAGAAAACGAUCGGACGAAUGGUAUUCUCCGGACUCGGAUGAACACUUUGCGCUCAGCUGUGUUGCAGCUUUGCGUAGGUUAACAGCCCGCAAAAACGCCGAAAUACGCAUGAGAAUAUUGCAUAUGUUAUACGAAGCAGAAUACGGAGAAGAACCAGUCCUGCAGCGAUAAAAUAUUGUAAAGUAUUCUUUAACUAAUGCAAUGUAUAUCUAUGUAACUAAUUAUUAUUCAGUGUACAUAUUUGUGAUUUUUGUACUUAUUUAGUAAAAAAAUAAAACAAAAUGUUUUUCAAAUGUA